AUGGCGGAAAAGUCUGAGCAGAAAUAUUUUACAUCUGAUGAAGUUUUACAAAAUAUAUUGGCUGAUGAGGCCGAUUUAUCAGAUAAUGAAGAUGCACAGGUCAUCACAACUAAUCCGGCCGAAGCAAUUGAUUCUGCUGUGCGAGAGUUAUGGUCCCUACGCAAUCAAACGGCAAAUUUUGUUGCUUUUGAGGAGGAGUCAACUCGAUCACUCACUUCCCUCUUUGAUAAAUGGGAAAAACAUCGAGUGAUCCAAGAGCGAAUCUUAAGCUCUACUAUUAUUGCUGGUUCACUCAUUGCUGAGGAAGUAUGCGAGUGGUUAAAAAUCAUUCGUAGGCGUUUAUCACCCAGGAUGAAGGCUCGAAAUGCUUGGACGGUUGAGCUUACAAG